AUGGCGUCGUUCGUCGCGCACCACAACGGCUCGCUGCUGGAGAGAGAGGGCAAGAUGUCCGCCCUGGCCCUGAGGAGUAGCCUCUGGCCGUGCGAGGCGGCGGCUGAGGAGGUCGCGGCUGGGCCGGCGGCGUGCGGAGGCGCGGAAAGGGGUGUCGCCGUCUUUGCGGACGAGUUCUUCGUCGAGGACUUGCUGGACCUCGAGGACCUCUGCGAGGAUGACAAGGACUGCGCCGCCGAGCUGGGCGACCCGGCGCCGGAGCCGGCGCCGGGGGCUGUUGAGGAAGAGGACAAGCUGUCCACUGACUCCCACGGGUCGUCGUCGGUGGUGUCCUACGAGCUCAUGACACUCCCGGUUCCGCACCAGAUGAUUGACCUCCCGUUGCCGGCCCAUGACGCCGAGGAGCUGGAGUGGGUGUCCCGUAUCAUGGACGACUCGCUCGCCGAGCUCCCGCCGCCGCCGAAGCUGCCCGCGGCGCCGUUCGGAGCCACGCGGCUGCCGCUGGAAGGCGCGGCGGCAGCGACGGCGGCUGGCCCUGCUAUGCGGAGGAGCCCGACCCCGACCAUAUGCGCGCUGUCGACGGAGGCGCUGGUGCCCGUGAAGGCGAAGCGCAGCAAGCGCUCGCGGGCGUCCGUGUGGUCGCUGUCCGGCGGCGGAGCGCCCCUGUCGGAGUCGACGACGUCGUCGUCUUCCACGACCACCACGUCGUCCUGCACCUCCUCGUCCGCCUCGUUCUCGCCGCUGCUCCUCCUCCCGGCGGCGGACUCGUCGUCCCUCUUCCUGUCCUCGUGGCACCUCCUCGACGAGACUACGCCGCGGCCACCGAAGAAGUCCAAGCACGGGAAGCACGGUAAGAGCGGCGGCAAGCCCAAAAAGCGCGGCCGCAAGCCGAAGCACCACCCCAAGCCGCCCCAGUUCGCGGGCGGCGGCGGCGCCGGCGCCGGCGCUGGCUCCGCGCCGGCGGCCCAGGGCGACCGGCGCUGCAGCCAUUGCGGCGUGCAGAAGACGCCGCAGUGGCGCGCGGGGCCCGAGGGCGCCAAGACGCUGUGCAACGCGUGCGGGGUCCGUUACAAGUCCGGGCGGCUGCUCCCGGAGUACCGGCCGGCGUGCAGCCCCACGUUCGUGAGCAGCAUCCACUCCAACUCCCACCGCAAGGUGCUGGAGAUGCGCCGCAAGAAGGAGGACGUCCAUGGCCCGCUCCCGCUCCCGCUCCCACCAGUCCCGGCCGCGCUUCUUGGUCUUGGGCCGGCCGUCGCGUCGUUCUAG